AUGAUGGCAGCUCCACCGGGGGCUGCUGGUGGCGGAGGGGGAGCUGGCGGCGGCCCUCCAGCGGAACCUGUGAAACCCCCGACUGAGGCACCGGACGCGCUCCAACCAUUUUUGGACCUGCUAACGAAACCAUUGGCUCUCAUUCUGGUUGCCAAACAAAUCCCCUGGGUAGUUCAGGCCAAACUGGCCCAGGAGGGCUAUGUGACUGUGGAGGACCUGGGGGACCGGUGGAACACCCCGCAGGAGGCAAGGGCCCAAGGGCCCAGGGACCUGGAGUUCCAGGCUGGGGAGAACAACUCCUCCCGGUUCACUGCCAUGCGCCUUUUGCAGGUGGUUAGAGCGGCCAAGUCAAUGGCUCAGACACAGCUUCAUGUUGGCCGCACGACGGCCACGGAACCCCCAGGCACGGCCAAGGGCCCUCUGCACAGCCUCUGCGAUCGGCGGGUCUUGGAGACCGCCUAUGCUGAGGCCUACAACUGCCUGAAACCCCGCCUGGAGUCUCAGGGCAUUCAAGCACAUUGCGGCCCGGAACUUGGCUACAUUCAGGCCAAGCACAUUGUCGGGGCUGGGGCCCUUCCGGAGGACGGGGAACGCCCCGUCAAAACCACACGAAAGGUGUCGGUGGAUGGCUGGGACCGGGCAGAUGAGGAAGAGCCGACCGGACGACGACAGUUGGAGCGAAUGCACACGGUGUUCAGGACCACCUUGUUGAUGUGCAUUGCGGGCCAGCCACAGUUCGCCCACCUGCGACUGUCCACGGAGACCCUGGAUGAAUGGUAUGAGUGGUUCUAUGGGGAAGACAUCGCGGGUCGCCGACCAGAGGAACAGAUCGACACGGACAACGACAGCAUGUUGGUGAUCCGCCAGAUGUACCUAACAUCACUGGCAUAUCAAGGCCUCGCCCAAUGCCACCCACCGCGGGUGGGGUACUCUUUUCUGGAACACCCCAGAGACCCCAUGGAGGUCAGCGCCAGCCCCCAGGCACACAAGUGCUCCUCACUGUGGGUGACCCGAGCGUACAUCAAGUGGGCCAACCAGUUGCACCACCACCGCAUCAAGUUCGACCAGUGUAGACUGGGUCAGAUGGUGGUCAAGGCCACUACCCUGUCGACUGACCUCCCAUUGCGCCAUUGGCAGGAUCUCCGCUGCAACCACUCUGGGCACCAACCCCUGGGGGACCUUCAAUCCAGUGACCUCAGCCGUUACCCGGACCAGAUGAUGCUCGGCUUGGCUCAGGCCAUCGCCAAGGUCCUCCAGGUCCCCCCCAAACCUACCAACCCAAACACCGGGGACACGGACCAAUACCCUUCUUCCAAAAGGUCCAGGGAGGAGGGCGCUCGGGGCACAAACCCAUCCCGCGCCAGCAAAGCAGCCAGGGCUAUCGCAGGCCUUACCCAAGGCAGCACCGCGGCUAGCGCGGCCUCCCCCCGAUCUACGGCGGGGGAUACCUGGCACACUAGCACAACGUGGUCCGAUUGCCCCAAGUAUGAUCCAAUCUCAGAGAGGAUCUCUCGCUCCACGAUCCCUUGA